AUGGACAACUCUGUCACGCUGUGGCAGUUCCUGCUCCAGCUCCUCCUGGACUCCAGUAACGAGCACCUGAUCUGUUGGACCAAUGAGGAGGGAGAGUUCAAGCUGCUGCAGGCCGAGGAGGUGGCCCGGCUCUGGGGGGCGCGCAAGAACAAGCCCAACAUGAACUACGACAAACUCAGCAGAGCGCUACGGUACUACUAUGACAAGUCUGUCUUUAAGAAGGCGGACUCUGGGUGUGACCAACAAUGGUUCCAUGUCAGGUUUACCAUCGCUGACUCUACACCCAACUCUACACCCGACUCUACACCCGACUCUACACCUGACUAUACACCCGACUCUACACCUGACUCUACACCCGACUCUACACCUGACUCUACACCCGACUCUACACCUGACUAUACACCCAACUCUACACCCGACUCUACACCCGACUCUACACCUGACUAUACACCUGACUCUACACCCGACUCUACACCUGACUAUACACCUGACUCUACACCCGACUCUACACCUGACUAUACACCUGACUCUACACCCGACUCUACACCUGACUAUACACCCAACUCUACACCCGACUCUACACCUGACUCUACACCCGACUCUACACCCGACUCUACACCCGACUCUACACCUGACUCUACACCUGACUCUACACCUGACUCUACACCCGACUCUACACCUGACUAUACACCCAACUGUACACCCGACUCUACACCCGACUCUACACCUGACUAUACACCUGACUCUACACCCGACUCUACACCUGACUCUACACCCGACUCUACACCUGACUAUACACCCAACUCUACACCCGACUCUACACCUGACUCUACACCCGACUCUACACCCGACUCUACACCCGACUCUACACCCGACUCUACACCUGACUCUACACCCGACUCUACACCUGACUAUACACCCAACUGUACACCCGACUCUACACCCGACUCUACACCUGACUAUACACCUGACUCUACACCCGACUCUACACCCGACUCUACACCCGACUCUACACCUGACUAUACACCUGACUCUACACCCGACUCUACACCUGACUAUACACCCAACUCUACACCCGACUCUACACCUGACUCUACACCCGACUCUACACCCGACUCUACACCCGACUCUACACCUGACUCUACACCUGACUCUACACCUGACUCUACACCCGACUCUACACCUGACUAUACACCCAACUGUACACCCGACUCUACACCCGACUCUACACCUGACUAUACACCCGACUGUACACCCGACUCUACACCCGACUCUACACCUGACUAUACACCUGACUCUACACCCGACUCUACACCCGACUCUACACCCGACUCUACACCUGACUAUACACCUGACUCUACACCCGACUCUACACCUGACUAUACACCCAACUCUACACCCGACUCUACACCUGACUCUACACCCGACUCUACACCCGACUCUACACCCGACUCUACACCUGACUCUACACCCGACUCUACACCUGACUCUACACCCGACUCUACACCUGACUAUACACCCAACUGUACACCCGACUCUACACCCGACUCUACACCUGACUAUACACCCAACUCUACACCCGACUCUACACCUGACUCUACACCCGACUCUACACCCGACCCGACUCUACACCUGACUCUACACCUGACUCUACACCUGACUCUACACCCGACUCUACACCCGACUCUACACCCGACUCUACACCCGACUCUACACCCGACUCUAUAA